AUGGAUAUCUUAUUUUGGAACUGUAGAGGGGCUUUGAACCCCCGUUUUCAUAGUGUUUUGGCUGAUUUGAUCAAUGCCCAUUCCCCUUCCAUUGUGAUCAUAACUGAAACAAGGAUUGGUGGAACUAGAGCAAAGGAAAUUACGGACAGGCUCCCGUUUGAUAGAGCAAUCCAUUCUGACACUAUUGGCUACUCCGGCGGUAUCUGGGUAUUAUGGAACUCUGAUGGUGUGGAGGUUACGCUUUUGGCGAAAACUGAACAGGAGAUUCAUGUGGUAGUCAAGGUACGCUCUUUAAACUUUACCUGGCUCCUUUCUUCUAUUUAUGCAAGUCCUAGGCUAGAGGAAAGAAAAUUACUUUGGAAUAAUUUAUCUGCUGUUGCAUCUCUUCAUCAACUGCCUUGGCUUAUGUUGGGUGAUUUUAAUGAGCUCCUUUCCAAACAUGAUAAACUUGGAGGAAACCCCCUUAAUCCUAGGCGUGUCCAAUUAUUUAAGGAGUGUCUGGACUCCUGUAGUAUGGUUGAUUUGGGUUUUCAUGGACCAAAUUAUACCUGGGUUAACAAAAGGGAUGUGGGACAGUUUAUUCAAGAGAGAUUGAACAGGGGCUUUGCCAACCCCCUGUGGAGUGAUCUCUACCCGGAAGCUACUAUACAUCAUUUAGCCCGCACUCACUCUGACCAUUGUCCUGUCUUGUUGAAGCUUGAUAAUACCCCUACCUCCAAGCUGACCAGACCGUUUAGGUUUCAACCAAUGUGGAUGUCCCAUCCUCUUUUCCCGAAUAUUGUGAAGGACUCGUGGGCUGAUGACUUACGCCUUAAACCAAAUGUGGAUAAAUUUACAGCUGAUGUCAAGAUUUGGAACAAGGAAGUUUUUGGUAAUCUUUUUCAUAGGAAGAAAAGGGUGGAAGCUAGAUUGAGGGGUGUCCAAGCUAGCUUAGCCACUUGCCUUAGGGAUCACCUCCUGGUUCUUGAUGCUUAG